CGUUUUUGCUGCUGCUUUGAAAUCAGACCCCUGAAAAUGAGGAAGAACUGGAAUUUCUGCUCGGUCAUCAUCAGCCUGCUUGCAGUAACGUUCUGCUGGCAUGAAGCUCGGGCGCAAGCGUGUGGACGCCAGGAGUACUGGAGCACUGAAGGACACUGUGUGGCUUGCGAAGGCUGUCCCCCCGGAACGGAACCAGACAGGAAAUGUGGCUACGGGGCAGGACGGGGAAUGACAUGCAAGCCGUGUUCGGCCGACUCCUUCUCAGCUAGCCAUGGGCUGGAACUGUGCUCAGCGCAUACCCACUGCGAGGGCCAGAAGAGGGUCCGUGCCAGCCCCGGGACGGCCACAGCGGACAACUUAUGCGGGGACUGCAUGCCAGGAUAUUACAGCCCUGAAGAUGAAAGAGAGCCCCAUGCUGCCUGCCUGCCUUGUGCAUCUGCCCACAAAGGCGUGCCAGGAUGUUCAGGGUCACGGAAGUGGCCGACUCGCCUAGCCCGGAAUGCCGAAGCCGUGCAGAGGCGAGAGGAGAAGACGCCGGCCAACGGGACCCGCGACGGGAAGCCGGAGGAGAACGCCACCCAGUACGCCGUCUUGGCCAUUGUGCCGGUCUUCUGCGUGAUGGGCCUGCUGGGGAUCCUUUUCUGCAACAUCUUGAUGAAGAAAGGCUAUCACUGCACGGCUCAGAAGGACCCGGAGGAGGAGGGGGCCAAGGCGGAGAGAAAUGGGGGCAAUUCUGGGUACAGGAUGGAGGAUGUCAACGAUGACACUAUUGGAGUCCUGGUGCGUCUGAUCACAGAGAAGAAAGAGAAUGCAGCUGUUUUGGAAGAAAUGCUGAAGGACUAUCACAGCAAACAGGUGGCGCAGCCCGUCUUCAAGCCUAUUAACAAGCUGCAUCUUUUGCCUCAGUUUCCCCACAUCUGCCGGCAUCAACACCAUCUGCACACAGUCCAGGGCUUAGCCACCCGCUCUGGCCCCACCUGCACCCGAUGCAGCCAGAAGAAGUGGCCGGAGGUGCUGCCUUCCACGGAGGCCCCUCCCGCCGUCGCCGUCACGCCGGCUGGCACCGCCAGCAAACUCACAAAGCCAGGAAGCAAAGCCGGCCGGCCGGGAGAGAUCACCAUCCUCUCUGUAGGCAGGUUCCGCGUCGCUCGGAUCCCCGAACAGAGGUCCAAUUCCUCGGAUGUGAAAACCAUUUCGGAGGGUGUGGGGGCUGAACCCACAGAGCCCCCCUACGCCUGCCUGGCCCCUGAGCAGAAGCCGCUUGGCAGCAACGGAGUGAAGCCAAAAUGGUUGACAACGGCGGAGGGACAGCAAGAGGUGAUCAUUUGACUCCCCCGCUGCGACCGGAGAGAUGGAACAGCAGACCGGUUGGAGGCCUCUGGCCAACCUGCCCGGCCAGGAACAUUUGCGCACUGAGUGUUCUGGAAGGCGAAGGACAAGCUCUCCUUUAACAUCCCCUCCUUUCCAACUUGGGGGAUCGCCCACUCCCUCGAGCACGGAAGGGGCUGGUUUUUCCCCCUUCGGUAACGCCGCCUGUGCCCGUUGGAGACCUCCAGAGGAUACCCCACCGGCAUGGCAGAGAGACAUCUUUUGAGGGAAGGGAAGAAGGUUCUUCCUGGUGGGAGGGGAAGGGAGGAGAGGGAGGGAACCCUUGAACUGCCAAACCGGAGAAGCACUACACGGCUUUUUGUUUACACGGCAUGGCAUCCCCUUUGUCGCACCCAGCCGGGCUGGGCCGUCUUCGGAAGAGCAGGAGAAAAGCGGGAGAACGUUUCUGCGGACAUCGCUUUUUUUACAUUGGCCACAUUCAUCUGGGUAAUGGGGGUGGGAAGGAAGAAGCAAACCUUUUUAGCUUUUUGUUUUGUUUUUAAGCGGAUGGGAGACCAUGAGGGAAGGCUGAAUUCCACAGCAGGAAGGAGAAGCAGCCCUAGUCCCACCUCCUGCAUGCACGAGGUCCCAUUUCUGCAGCAUCUCCAGGGAAUGGCCAGGAAAGAAAUGAGUUUGGAACCCUGGAGAGCACAGUCAAGAGUUCUCAACAUUGGGCUGAUGGGGGGGGGGAAACUGGGUCUGACGUAGCUGUCUAGGCUUAUCAUGGGUUACGGUGGCCUCCCCAAAUUUUGCAGCCAAGGUUCCCCACUGCUCACUCCAUAAACCAGCUCCUGGAUUCAUUUUGGCACAGAUCUGGCACCGUGGAGUGAGAAUUUAACUUUUCGGCUCUCUACCAGCACAGUUUUAUCUCUAGGAAGAAGGUAUGGGACUCCUCACUCUUCCCUCCCCGACCAACAUGACUAUUAGGAUGCUAAAAAUUUGUUCAGGAAACCUAACAGUGAUGACGCGGAAUGAUACAGCCCGCCCACCCCUUUCCGUACGAUUUUGCCAACCUUUUUUUUUUCUUUUUAAGUCUCUUUCAGACGUAAGCCUCAGGCCCACUAUGUAUCGUCCGGUUUGCGUUUUUAACCAAGGCUAUUACACUGUCCAAGGAUUGGCAGGGAAUUAAACUUCUUUUGUGUGUGUGUGUGUGUCUGGAAAGGCCACCUGGGCCCAAUCCACCAGAAUGGUAGCUCUUUGGAAGUCCCAUGAAACCUCUUCCUUGAUCCUGCGCUACUGGCCUUGGGGCUUGCCCCAAACAAGCUUGUGGUGGAUCGAGCCCACGGCACAACGGUCUUUCUUCUGCCUGUGAAGGAAAUAACAGGCUCCGCUCCUUGUUCCCUCUAAUUUUUUCUAAUUCCUAACAAAUACUUACGUGCCAUCAAUUUGAUUCCAGUUUAUGCUGACCCACCCAGGGUUUUUUAGGUAAAAAUUGCUCAGGGGGGGUUUUCCCCGGCUCUUCCUUCUGGUGGCGCUCCUGGACACACACACGCGCACACCCCUGUGCGGCUGGCUCAAAGGUAGGGCAUGUCAUCCCAUCAGCCACAUACAGUCUUUGUGGCCUCAGCCUCAUUCUCUGCUGGCGAGGGAGCCAUGGAGAUUUUAAACUACUUCCAAGCCCUGGUCCCGCAGCCAGGCACGGCAAUCCACGGAGCUGUACCGGCGCUUCCAGAAUUUACACAACGACCCACACUAAACUGCAGUUUAGGGUCUCAGAUUAUGAAGAACCUCUAAAUGCAACCAGUACCCCCCUCAAAAAAAGGUGUAUUAGAAGGAUGCUCCUUCACAAGGCCAAUGCUAUGGGAUAUUUCAAUUUGAUGAAACCCUUAGCGUGUCUUCAUUUGGCCCGGCUGUAUUCUUCAGACACACGAACACUGACAAGCGUUUUUUUGGAAAGAGAAGUGCUCUCUUUAAAGGGUGGGUGGGUGAGAAAGGGAACACCUGUUAUUCUCUUAGCUGUGAGAAUAAUCCUCAUGGUGCUCCUUCCUUACCACCGGCUGUGUUCAUUGCAGUUCAUCCUUCCAUCCGGCAAUAGCUCUUUGUGCAACGGGAUUCUCCAAGUCUCGCCCAGGAAAAGACCACCGUGUUGUUGUUUUUUAAUUCCAAAAUGGGGAAACUUCUGCCUUUGUCCAUCUUUCUAACCCAGUUUGUAAGAGUACCCAACCAGAGGUGAGCCUCUGAGAGAUCACAAGCAGGAGGCCAAAGCAUGAGCUCUCGCCUCGGGCUUCUUUCCCCGACGUCUAGAUUUUCCGAGGUGAAAGUUGCCCUCCGAAGAGACUCGGCAAACCGCAGGCCGUGCACAGAAUAGGAGCCUAUGGGCUUGCUCGCAAAAUCAGGCCAUUCAAGGAAUUAAAAAGUCGUGCCAAAGAGACUGGGGAUCUGGAGAAAUUGGGACAGUUGGAGCCAACCAGCACCGUGUCGUUCUUUUUUGCUCAGUUAGUCUUCAGCUGGGGCCGGAGGCAAUAAGAUGUGUAGACCCCAGAAAGCUUCUCAUCUAGGAGUAGAGGUGCUGACCCUCUUGAUCAUCUGAACGGCAAACCCCCCACCAGCCAUGCCAGCGUCAAGGUUCAAACUUUCUGGUAGGCUAAAGGUUUUGCACUCUUGCCCUGAGCUCUAGAAGUCUCAUUUCCACAAACCCUUGAGAUGUUAGGAAAAGCAGAAAAACCAAGCAACGUGGGCUGCUCAUUUACUGCCCCUUAGUGCUUAAAGCACUCUCUGGGCAGUCUGCAGUUUAACGAUGCAGACUAUACAUCAUCUUCCCCCCCCCACCCCGAGCAAGCCAGAGACUCAAUUUACUGACCUUAGAAGGAUGGAAAGCUGAGUGAACCUUGAACCGGCUGCCUAAGCCCAGUAGGAUCGAACUCAGGCCGUGAGCAGAGUCUUGACUGCAGUACUGCAGUUUAACCUCUGCACAACAAGGCUCGCUCACACUUUCCAUCCUCUCUAUAAUACGAAGGAGAGGGCACUUGCUCUUAAAACAGGAAAACAAAAUCUGUGAUGUAUACCAGACGCUGAAUUUGGUAACACGGCGUAUUGCCCUUCUUUGUGGCCGACACCACUUUCAUGCUUAGAAACAGGAGUGGGGAGGUGGGGAAGAGGUUAGUAUUUCUCAGAGAAGAUUACCUGCAGAGCACGUGAGCUUGAACACCUCUUUUUGCCCUUAACCGGGAAUGCCGGGCCGAGGGGAAGCAAAGCAUGGAGACACGCUGAAGCCAGCCAUUUCCACCCAUCCAUUUGCAACAGGAAGGACCCGCAAUUAUUUUUCUCUUGACCCUGCCUGUCCCGACAUUUCUGUUUGUUUGUCAUUUUUUUAUUAUGGUGAUUUUUCUGCAUCCAAUACGUUAUUUAUGGGGGCAAAGCAGGAGGGGAUGUUAUCCUGGAGGAAGCAGCCAACACCCCUCCAGCUUCUGCUCCUACAUCUUAUUUAUUAUUAUCGGGGUAUUAUGUCAGGGAGAACAGUUGGGGCUGUCGUACUUUAAUAUCGUAGGUUGAGGAGCUGGGAUGGCUUUUCAGCCUCUUGGUUUUGUUUUCUGUACAUGGCUCAAUAAAAGCAGCCCUGGAAUCUAAAUGGCACACCUGUUUUGUUGGGUUUUUUUAUGUGCCGUGAAGUUGCCUCCGACUUACGA